CACCGCCUCGCUAUCAAUACAUUUGCAAUGAAGCCGAAGCUCAUGUGACCCUGAAUCACAGCUCUAAACAUUCCCAGUUCAACUGCUAAUGUUUAUCUAAGCACCCCACCACCGACACUGCCUUUUAUUUUUCUUUUCUUUACGGCUUAUUUACACUUGCAGACAGACAUCAUCCCCUGUACCGCACUAAAAGAGUGUGCCACUCCCAUCCUUUUUUCUUUUUAAAGUCAUUCACUUCGCUACAUAGGAACUGAGAGCCAGGAAAGGGUGGUUUUUUUUUUCAUUUUAUACUUCCAAAAUGCAGCUUCAUUUGGCGGUGGUAUUGCUUUGUGCCACAUCUGGUCUUUUUGCCAAUGCCGGUGCUGAAGAUCCCUACAGAUUCUUCGACUGGAAUGUUACCUUUGGUGACAUUUAUCCUCUUGGAGUUCGCCAAACGGGUAUUCUUAUCAAUGGUCAAUUCCCGGGCCCUGACAUUCACUCUGUUACCAACGACAAUCUCAUUAUCAACGUCCAUAACAGUUUAAACGAGCCUUUUCUUAUUUCCUGGAGUGGAAUCCAACAGAGGAGGAAUUCUUAUGAAGAUGGUGUAUAUGGAACAACCUGUCCUAUUCCACCAGGAAAGAACUUCACAUACAUUCUUCAGGUCAAGGAUCAAAUAGGAAGUUUCUUUUACUUCCCCUCUCUUGCAUUCCAUAAGGCUGCUGGUGGUUUUGGAGGGAUCAGGAUCCUCAGCCGACCUCGGAUCCCGGUUCCCUUCCCGGAUCCUGCUGGAGAUUACACUGUUCUUAUUGGAGAUUGGUACAAGUCCAAUCACACGAAUUUGAAAGCUCGUCUGGAUCGUGGUAAGAAGCUGCCUUUCCCUGAUGGAAUCCUUAUAAACGGUCGAGGACCUGGCGGUGCCUCCUUCAACGUUGAACAGGGGAAAACCUACAGGCUUCGGAUAUCAAAUGUUGGAUUGCAGAAUUCUCUCAAUUUCCGCAUCCAAAACCAUCGGUUGACGUUGGUAGAAGUUGAGGGAACCCACACUUUGCAAACUACCUACUCUUCAAUAGACCUUCACCUUGGCCAAUCAUGUUCAGUUUUAUUUAAAGCUGAUCAGCCUGCAAAAGAUUAUUACAUUGCGGUCUCCACUCGCUUCACCAGCCGGGUCCUCACCUCUACAGCAAUUCUCCGAUAUAGCAAUUCCGCUGGCCCUGUCUCUGGUCCUCCUCCUGGUGGACCAACUAUCCAAAUUGACUGGUCCUUGAACCAGGCCCGCUCUAUCAGGACUAACCUUACAGCAAGUGGACCAAGGCCUAACCCACAGGGUUCAUAUCACUACGGUCUCAUUAACACAACCAAAACCAUCAGGCUUGCGAAUUCCGCCGGGCAAGUUAACGGCAAGCAAAGAUAUGCAGUAAACAGUGUUUCAUUUGUUCCAGAAGACACACCUCUGAAACUUGCUGACUAUUUCAAAAUCGGAGGAGUUUUUCGUGUAGGAAGUAUAUCCGAUAAUCCUUAUGGCGGAAAGAUAUACCUUGAUACUUCAGUAAUGCAAGCUGACUACAGGGCUUUCAUUGAGAUAGUGUUUCAGAAUAAUGAGAACAUUGUACAGAGUUGGCAUCUUGAUGGCUACUCUUUCUUUGUUGUUGGUAUGGAUGGAGGGCAAUGGACAACAGCUAGUAGGAGGGAAUACAAUCUCCGUGACGCGGUUUCUCGAUGUACCACUCAGGUGUAUCCCAAGUCAUGGACUGCCAUUUAUGUGGCACUUGACAACGUAGGAAUGUGGAACUUAAGGUCCGAGUUUUGGGCAAGACAGUAUCUGGGACAACAGUUCUAUUUGCGAGUAUACACCACCUCAACUUCGCUAAGGGAUGAAUAUCCGAUCCCUAAGAAUGCACUACUCUGCGGUAGGGCAAGUGGCCGACACACCCGACCCCUCUAACCCAGCAUAUAAUAAAAUCUCCAGGUUUGGGUUUAGGAUUGAAUAGCAGAGUUUUGGCAUUAAUGUUGCUAAUGUGAACUAUGGAGGAACUUUAAUGCUUUUAACCUUAAAUUAAUAGACCUCAACUCGAGGUCGCAUUUUUUUUUUCUUCUAAUAGACUCAUGUUCUUAUUGUUUCUUACCAUUAAUUAUGAUGCACCAUCAUAAUUCAUAUUUCUAUUAAGGUUAAAAUAUCUCUAUAGUCCCUGUAUUUUUUAAAAAUUAAGAAUUUAGUCCAUGUACUUGUAUUUUUAAGGAAUUUAGUCUAUUUACUUUCA